CCGGAAUCCGCGACUCCAGCCGCCGAGGAGCUUUCGAAGCCAAGCCAGCCCAGACGGCACCCUGGAGCCUCCCGCGCUGAGGGUCCGCGCCGAGCCGAGGAUGGGAGGCGCCGACGCCGACUUGACAGCGCGUCCCAGCACCAAGGGCUUGCUCGCUCUCGCUCUCAGGAAAAACUGAGGGAACAAGCUUGGUUCCCGGAGCCAGCGGGGACUGUGGAGACACAGCUAGAAUCCUCAACAGCUUGGAAAUCCUAUCACCUUGGUUCCCUGAAACUUGCAGGAGGAGCUGACAGCUGGCUGACAAAAAAUUCAUCCAGAGAGAGAAAAGACAUAAGUGAAGUCUGAAAUUUUGAAUAACGUUUUCAGAUGAGGAACCCAAGACAGAGGCUGAGAGAUUGAACUGUGGCAUACAGCUAGCACAUGGAGGAAUCGGGAUGGAAAUCUGGACAGUUCUCCAGUACUCAGGAGAGUACUGGAGAGGGAGUAUGCCUACAUCCACAAGACAGAUUCACUAGCUGCCACUAGCUAGUGGUGCCACUGCCCAGCUUCUUCAGAGAGCCCUGGAGCCCACAGCACCCUCCCUUCCCACAGGACCACAGUGGGGCAGUGGCCUCAAGCAGCCCAGCCGGAAGUACAUGGCCAGCUCCCCUUCUUUUCUCAGAACCUUCUGAUACCAACCUGGUUUUGAUUCUGACUUUUGAAGAUGGAUGAAGGUAUAGAAAUUUCAAGUGAUGGAAAUUCCCUGAUCAAAGCAGUCCAUCAGAGCCGGCUUCGCCUCACAAGACUCUUGCUAGAAGGUGGUGCAUACAUUAAUGAGAGCAAUGACCGUGGGGAAACACCUUUAAUGAUCGCUUGUAAGACCAAACAUGUUGAUCAUCAGAGUGUCAGUAAAGCCAAAAUGGUUAAAUACCUGUUAGAAAACAAUGCUGACCCCAACAUACAGGACAAAUCUGGGAAAACUGCUUUGAUGCAUGCUUGCUUAGAAAAAGCCGGUCCUGAAGUUGUUUCCCUGCUCCUAAACAGUGGGGCUGAUCUCAGCUUGCAAGAUCAUUCUAGUUACUCAGCCCUUGUUUAUGCUAUAAAUUCAGAGGAUAGAGAGACCCUGAAAGUUCUACUUAGUGCUUGCAAGGCAAAAGGGAAAGAGGUCAUUAUUAUAACGACAGCAAAAUCACCCUCCGGUAGGCACACUACCAAACAGUACUUAAAUAUGCCUCCUGUAGAUAUGGAUGGGUGUCAUUCCCCAGCCUCCUGUGCCACUCCUUCAGAAAUAGACAUAAAAACAGCUUCGUUGCCACUUACACAUUCUUCUGAAACUGAAAUGACACUUUUUGGCUUUAAAGGUCUGGAGCCCUCAGGAAAUAGUGAUGACACACAGGACCCAGGCUCCCCUGUGAGGAAGCCUUCUAUGGCCUCUAAUGGGCCCAAGCUACCCCAGGCUCCAACCUGGAUCAAGAGUCCUCCCUUAUUCAUGCACCAAAACAGAGUGGCCUCCUUGCAAGAGGAGCUCCAGGAUAUUACUCCAGAGGAAGAAUUGUCCUACAAAACCAAUGGGCUGGCACUUUCCAAGCGAUUCAUCACUAGGCACCAAAGCAUUGAUGUAAAAGACACUGCACAUUUGCUGAGAGCCUUAGAUCAGGCCAGCUCAAGAAAGAUGUCAUAUGAUGAAAUAAAUUAUCAAUCAUUUUUUUCAGAAGGAAAUCAGCAAUGCAUUGAAAUCCCUGCUGAGCCAGAUCCAGACUCUAACCAGACGAUAUUUGCUUCCACCUUAAGAAGUAUAGUCCAAAAAAGAAACUCAGGGGCAAAUCACUACAGCUCUGAUUCCCAGCUCUCGGCUGGUCUUACCCCUGCAACUUUAGAAGAUGGCAAAGCACUUAUAGGAAAGAAAAAGAUCCUCUCACCGUCUCCUUCCCUGUUGUCAGGGCCCAAAGAAUUGUUGGAGAAUAUCUCACCAGGUCCCUUGAGCCGGAGAAAUCAUGCAAUUUUAGAAAGGCGUGGUUCAGGAGCUUUCCCUUUAGAUCACGGUAUCACGCAAGCCAGACCAGGAUUUCUGCCACCCUUAAAUGUGAAUCCUCAUCCCCCCAUCUCUGAUAUCAAUGUCAAUAAUAAGAUUUCCAGCCUCCUUUCUUGUGGUCAAAAAGUGCUAAUGCCAACAGUUCCUAUGUUCCCCAAAGAAUUCAAAAGUAAAAAAAUGUUGUUAAGGAGACAAUCAUUGCAAACAGAACAAAUUAAGCAAUUAGUAAAUUUUUAAGAGAUGACUAGAAAGCACAUUUUGUCCAAAUGUCUACAUCAGAGAAAUAUAGAACCAGAAAAUAAACCUCAAAUGUUCAUCUUUUAAAAUCUUAUAAUUGGUUAGUCAAUAAUUGUUAGAGGUAUCAAAAUAUACUGUGUAUCAUAUUAGGUACCGUGGACACACAAAUAAUACAUAGUUUCUGCUAAGGAAAUUCUCUCAAACAAAAUUAAAGCUAUACUUCUCAAAACCUCUAAUAUUUAACAAUCUUCAUAUGGUCCAAGUUUUUAAUUUAAGCAAAAAUCAGCAAAAAAAAAAAAAAGUCACAUGUGGUGGAUAUGACUUUAAAAUUUUUUUCAGAUUUUUCAGAUAUUUUAUUAGGAAACACUGCAUUCAAAUCAAUAAAUAUUUUUAACAUUAAAAGUCAACAAAUAAGAUUGUAAUUUUCCAUGAUGCCAAAAGCAUAAAAAAAAAAGGGACAGCUAUUAAAAUGUUCUAUGAACAAUAAGCCAAAGGUACAAAGCCUAAGGCAUAAAGAAAGAAUGAACUAAUUCUUAAAAAAUGUUGACUGCAGGUAGGUGAAAUCUAAUUAAAAUUAAAAAUUUUUUUCUAAUUCAAAUUUUAAAAAGUCCAACCUAUUAUAGUAGACUAGGCAGCCAAUAUUCGUAUGGUCAGUUUAAUCAACUCCAAGUGACAGAUCAGUUUUACAAGCUAGUAAUAAUCUAUGUGAAGUGCUGGUGUGCUGUUUUUUGCUUUGUUUUAUUUUGAUUUUAAUGUAAUUUCAUGGAAUUGUUUCUCCAUAUCUUUUAAUUCCUGCUAUUAUUUUUUAAAGCCUAUAUAUAGGUUCUCAACAACAAGAUAAAGCAAAAGGUUGAAAAGCGUUCCUCUUUACUUAUAUCAAAUUACUCUUGUCGUUCUAAGGACAACCAAAAAAUGGGGAUUUAUCACAAAUAGAAACUAUAUGCUUGCUUCGUUUUAGAAAAGAAAAGCUGAUUAUUAGAUUAUCUUAGAUUAGCUAAAAUUAAGAAAGCCAGUAGAAACUUAAUUACAAAAUAUACUAAAUAUUCGGCCAAAAUUAAACAGUAUCCUUAAUUUCUAAUAUAUAAUCAUUAGACAUUUAUAUAAUAAGAAUAAUAAGGGUAAUUUCCUUAGCGUGACAUUCCAGUCACAUAGUAUUUAGGACCUAUGAAUAACUUCUAAUUAAAUAAAUGAAUACCAUGCUACUAUCAUAAAAUGUUACAAAAUGACUAUAUUAUGUGUCUGAUUUCAAAAUGUGUUUAUACAAAAAAUCCUCAUUUCAAUCUAGCAGUUUUACAACAAAGAAUAAGUCAAAUUAUAUAAAACCUGAGUAUAUUAAUUUGAUGACUGUCAUAUACAACUUUAUUUCUUUGCCUAUUAGUAGAGGAGAUCCUAACAAUUGGCAUGAUGCUUGGUAAUUUGAUAUAAGCAAGUUGUAAUGUACAUGGUAAUUAUUUAAUUUCUUGUGGCUUUUAUUUGAAAAAAAUAAUUGGAGGUUUUCCAUUUAAUGUUUUGAAGAACAAUAAUGUAAAUUACAUUAGAAAUAUUUUUUGAUUCAGAACUUAGAAUUGUACCUGAUGUUUAUAGGUAGCUAAACCCUUUUUGCAAGUUUUAAUACUGAGAAAAGUGCUUGGCUUUGAGUUGUAAGGAUACAGUCUGGAAAAAUAUGUAAAUAGAGUAGUUCAUAAACAAAAUGGUAUCAAUAAAGAUUUUAAAUGUUA